AUGAAUUUAAGUCCAACAAAAAUGUAAUCUAAAAUAGAUCUAAAGAUGAGAAAGAGUGGAGUACCAGUAGCUUUAAAAAGAUCACCAUAAUUUUAAUUAUUAGAUUGUUUCAUGUUAACAUAUUUUCAUCUUCCAUCCUUUGCUGAGUAAAUUUUAUAAUAUGAUGUAUUAAGACAAUUAAAAAAUAGGAUUCUAUUAUUAAUGAAGAAGGAGUGACUUUACUUUUAUAAAAGUUAUUUAUUUAGUUAAUAUUUUGUAAAAAGAAAGAUACUUCAGCAAUAGAAGUAUAUUAAUAUAUGAAAGAUGAUUAUAAUACUAGAUAUAAAAAUAUUGAAGAAUUUUUAGUUAGAUUUUUUGAUAAAGUUGAUGAAUCAAUUUCAAAAUAUAGAACAAUGCUUAAUGAAUUUGUUGAAGAGCAUCCAAUUAGAGAAUUAUUUAUUGGAAAAUUAAUGAUAGGAAAUGUAGAAACAACAUUUAAUUUGAUAAAGAUUGAUUUAGAUGAUGAAUCAUUUAUGGAAGGUUUAUAAAAGAAAUUUGAAAUAGAAGAUUGUUCAAUAAAAGAAUUACCAAAAAUAUUAUAAUUUGAAAUAACAAGAAAAACUAAUUUUGUUUUAAUGCCAAUUAUAUAUAUAGAUUAAUAUAUGUACUCUAAUAAAGGAACAAUUAAAUAACAUUAAUCAGAUAUCAAAGAAUUAACAAUAAAAAGAGAAGAAAUUGUAUAAAAGAUAAAAAAUAUUGAAAAUUAUUAAUAAACAUUAUAAAGUAUUCCUUAAAUCUUGUAAAUGACAAUAAAUAUUAUAUAAGAAUAAAGAAAUGAAUUAAUUGAUGGAGAUCCAGCAAUUGAAGGAUUUUUAUCAUUAAUUAUUGAUGCAAAUUAAGAAUUAGAAAAAUUAAAAGAAGAACUUAAAAAAAUGGAUCAAUAAAUUAAAUUAAUCAUGGGAAAUUUCAAUAAAAUAGAAUAUCAUUUACAUGCUGUUAUUAUAUAUGAUGGAGAAUAUGAAUGUGUUUAUAUUAAUAAUAAUAAUGAAUAAUUCUUUUUUUUUGAAGAUGGAUUUGUAGAAAUAAGAAAGAAAUUUGAAAUUGAAAUGCAUUAUUCUCCAGAAACAAUUGUAUAUUUAGUAUAUAAAGAUAAAAAUCUUUAAAGUGAAUAUAGUUUUACAGGUGGAUAAGGUAAUCUAUUAGAUAUGGAUCAUAGAAAAUCUUAUGAAUCUUUAAUUAGAAAAGAAUUAUAAUAAUAUGCUGUUUAGUUUAAUUAAAAAGUUGAUUAAGAAUUACUAUUCUUAAAAUAAUAAUAAUAGGCAGAAGAAGUAUUUUAAUAAUAUCUGAUAAGAUUGAAUUAAGUUAUUUAAUUAAUUUAAAAAAAACAUACUAUUUAAGUACCUCAUUUAAAUAAUUUUGCUACUUUCUUAUUUUAUACUUAAAAGAAAAUUGAUGAUUAUGUAAAAUGGUAAAUAUUGGAUUGUAGUAUUAGAGAUGUUACAGGUUAAUCCAUCUCAGAUAUUAAAAAUAUGAAUGCUUUUGCUUAAAAAUUAAGUGUGUUGUUAUAAAAUUAACCUUAAAAGGCACCAACUUAAUUAACAGUUAGUAAAAAAGAUAUGUAAAUCAUGUAAAUUAGAUUGACUGAGUAUGUCUAAUAUGAAUAAAGCACAAAAGUAUUAACAUAUUCUUUAGAAUGUAUUCUUUAAGAAUAGAAAUUGCUAGCAUUAAAUGCAAUUAGAUUUAUAUAUGAGAAUGGCUAAAAUAACAUUGUUGCCCAUCUUAGUUAAGAGAUAUUUAAGGCUUUCAUGAUUCAUUUAUCUAUUUAAGCUAUUAAACUUCAUCAACAAUAAAAUUAUUUCUUAUUUUGGGAUCAUAUUUAAUGGAUUAUAGCUUAUUGGCCAUAUAUGAACUAAUAAGAUUUAGUUCAUUAAUAAGUAUUUGUAAUGAUAAAAGAUAUUAAAAAAAAAGCCAAUAAAAAAGCAUUAAAUUCUGAUUAAGAAAAAAUUAUCAAAAAAUUUAUAUCAUCUGUAGAGGAUAAGAAGCCUACAGAUUUAGGAAACAAUAUUUUACUAAGAUAGGAUCCUGUAAUAAUUUCAUAAUAUUUAAGGUUUUAGAAGCUAUAGCUAUAAUUGAUUGGAAUUAGGAUCAUUAUUAUUGGUUAAAUGAAAAAUCAGAUGAUAUUUCCUAAUAACUAUUAACGAAUACUUAAUUGAUUUAAUAGUUUCUUUAACUUGAGUUUUAAUUUGUUAAAACAAUUAUGUAAUAACAAUGUACUUUUACUUAUGAUGAAAGGAUCAAAAUGAUGCUACAUAAUUAAUUAUGA